AUGGAUGCAGAAGGCUUUCCAAUCGGUGCGAAAACUGCGAAGAAAUCCGAGAAAAAGACUGCGACCGCGAAACAGGCCAAACCCAACCAUCCUCCGACUUCAGAGAUGGUUAAUAACGCCAUCAAAGAUUUGAAAGAAAGAAGUGGAUCGUCAUUGCAGGCCAUCAAGAAAUUUAUAGCUCCCAACUAUAAAGUAGAUUCGGAAAAAUUGGCUCCUUUCAUUAAGAAAUACCUCAAAUCAGCUGUGCAAUCUGGAUCUUUAGUUCAGACAAAAGGAAAAGGCGCAUCUGGUUCGUUCAAAUUGGCAGCUGGUGGUUCGACAUCGGGAUCCCAGAAGAAAGUGAUUAAAAAAGCCACCUUCAAGUCCAAAGAUGAUCUUAAAAAAUCCACUUCGGCAUCAGCUGUGGUGACCGACAAGAAGAAAAAGAAGUCUACUGUUGCCAAAAAACAAGCCGCUGUAACGAAAACGAAGAAAGCAGUUGCAACAACCGAGAAGAAGAGCCCCAAAGCCGCCAAGUCCCCUUCUAAAGCUAAGAAGAUUGCGAAAUCGCCAACUAAGAAACCGAAAGCUCCAAAACCC